UCGGAUGUCGGAUACAAAUAGAGAGAUUAUCCUUUUAAACAAAAUACAAAUUAUGAUUUUUUCCCUUGGAGAGAAAUCAGAGUAAUCUAUUAAAUAUUACCAAUUCAGGUAGUCUACGAUGAAUUUAGUGGGUAUAAGAGAAUUAGUGUCAUUUUCAGCUGUCGUUACAACCAUACUUCAAUUUCUAUCAGGAAUCCUAGUUUGCAAACAAUAUGUGGUUAAUCGGACAACGGCGGAGUCAUCACCUUUACCUUUUAUCUGCGGAUUUUUAUCGUGUGGUGUAUGGCUAUUAUAUGGAUUAAUCAAGCAAGAUAACAUAGUAACAUUUGUUAAUGUAGUUGGCAUUUUACUUAUGAUCUCAUAUGUAUUUGUAUUUUACAACUACACCUUUAAGAAGACUAGUCUGUCAAAACAGUUUCUAGUAUCAUUAGUAUUUUAUAUGUUUAUUAUGGGAUAUGUCUCAGUAGAGACUGACAAUGAACUGCUUUUAAGAAGAGUGGGAUUAUCAGCUUGUAUACUCACUAUGUUAGCUAUUGCCGCACCAAUGAGCAAAUUGUUGUAUGUAAUUAGAACCAAGUGCACAGAGUGUCUUCCAUUCCCAAUGAUAGUAAUGUCAUUCAUUGUGUCAAGUCUUUGGUUUUUCUAUGGUCUUAUAGAAGAGGAUGUUUAUAUGAUGAUACCGAAUUCGAUUGGCUGUGGACUGACUGCCGUACAACUGUGUUUGUUUAUGAUAUACCCAGCUACUCCAUAUUCAUCACUACCUACAAAGACAACAUUAGCAUAAAUUUGGUUCCUUAUUAAUAAUAUUUAUAUUUAUUACUUAGUUAUAAAAUACAACUUUUUAUUGUAUAAAAUUAUUACAAUAUUAUGAAUACUUUCACAUGUUGAUAUUGUAUUGUGUUUGUUGAUGUAUGCAUGUACAUGAUAUGUACAUUAGAAUUUUUUACACUAAAAACUAUUGUUAGAAAUUGCAUUUACUGUGUUUGUAUACAUUAUUGCUGUAGACCGCGACUUCGACAACAUUUUUUGGAUUUUUAAUAAUUCCGCAGGCAUCCUUUAUUUUCCUGGGAUACAACGUAUCAUCCUACGCACGCAACGCAUCUAGAUGCCAAAUGCCUAUGCUCUAUUUAUGUGCUAAAUUUCGCUGAGAUAAGUUAAGCGGACAAGCCAUGCAUAGGUAAAAAAUUCUAUUUUUUAAAUCCUUGAAUCUUUUACGGGACAUAUAAUCCUAUGGCCAACAACAGGAUGCAUAAAUACCAGGGCAACGGUAUUCCGGGGAUAGAAAAAAAUGGCAUACGCGCUUCUGUACAGGUAAACCGAUAUUGACGAAAUUUUGCAUAGAGAUAGCUUGCUGUAUAUAGGAUAAUUUUUAUCCAGGGAACGUUUCAAUUUCAAAAUAACCGAAACAACGAGAUAUCUCGGGCAACAGCAAGAGUACAAACAUUUUAAUAUUUAAUUUAAAAAAAUAGUGUAGACAAGCAUUUCUUCUUACCUGUCUUAUAAUGUGAACAAUCUACUUUUUUUUGUACAAAUUGGCUAGCGCUUCGUGAUCAUGAUGCCUGAUAGAAAACAAUUAAAAUCUAGGUUGUAGCGCGCUAGAAAAUACUCAUAAACUUUUGCCGCAAAAACUUUGUCCUCCGAUUAUAUACACAGACAAAGGGAUAUAUUUAAUGGUCCACCUGCCGAAACACGGCAACUGGGAAAAGGGAAGUUUAUCCCACUUCAAAACUACACGUAUGUUAUUAGGAUAAUAUUUCCACCCAUUCGCUCAUGCUGGGAGAGAGAAUAAAGCUAUUUGGCGAAUAUUAACCAUAUGUCCAGUUCGAGACCGCUUCGAAAUAGCCUUAAAAGAGUAUCAAUUUUAUUAUUGCGGAAGACUUGGAUGGGUGUGUUUAGUGUCUGCCCACGUGUAAACUUUUUUAUAAACGAUAUAUUUGCGAUUACUUUUGCGGUACUUUUUGUUUUCCUAAUUGAUUUUUAACAAAAAUGUCUGUCACUAAGGGUACCAAAUCAUUUGUAGGUACAUUAUUCACGAAAUAAAACGAAAUUGACAAUUUUAAAAAUACUGGUAGGUAUCCCUUUUUAUAUCGCCUGUGUGAUAAGUACAACAGUAGAUACCUUUAGACCGGCGAAUUUUAUUAAGAUACGAGAUUUGUGCGGAAAUGUCAGACAGUGAAGUUAAAAAUACUCCACCUGACAUCAAUAAUUGUUCGAUACAAAUUCAAUUAAAUUCUUAAUCACCAAUACUGGUAAUUUAAUGUUUUAUCUUAAGAAGUCAAUUGAUGGUACCUUUUAAUUAAUUUAUGAUUAUGGUUUUAGAGAAAAUCUUCUGCGUAAUUGGUAAUGCAACUUAUCAAUUGAGUCGAAAUUACUUUCACUAUUCCAUAUUAAUUUAUAAAGUCUAAAUGACCCCUUGUACUAACUUAGUACCAGUUGCAUAAAUAACUUUAAAAUUAUAAUACAGAUAAGAAGAAAAUAUGCAACAUGGAAUUGCCAUAAUGUUAAAAAAAAUUGAGCUAUACAUAAACUUAAAAUGACAAGGUAAAAUUUACCUCAGGUUGUGUUAUUUAUUUUAGAACAAGAUUUGAACGGGUUUGUUGGCCCUUUUAAAUUUAUGAUAAUCUGAUAAAGAUCUUAUGAGAAUUACAACAGUGGAAAAGGGGGUACUGGCUCUACCGAUAACAAGUAUCACUACAUUCCAUUCAAUAUGACUUGUCCCCUAUGUUAUAUAGUACCCUAUAAUAUCUAGGGGACAAUUUUAAGUGAAUGCGCUGUAAUAUUUCUUAAAAAUAGUUCAACGGGUACAUACCACGAUAAUAUUAUGGGAUUUGUCGAUAUUUCGAUCCAGUUGCAUGGACGAGCUCACGACGGGACCACGAUCCAUGCAACACGAAAAUCUUAGUUUAAUAUCUUUAUUUUGCACUGUAAUACUCGAUUCAGAGAAUAUUUAUGAUUUCAAAUAAAGUCACGGUAACGUUCAAAACGUUACAUGAAAUCAUAAAUAAUUGUCAAUCCUAAUUUAUUGUACUGACUUCAGACUUGAAGUUACAAUUACACUUUUAUCGUGUACGUGUGUGUGAAUUAUUGUUCAUUAGUAUAUUUUUUAUAUCGCUAUAGUAAUAUGUCUCUCUCUCUCUAUUUAACCCUCAAACAUAAACACGGCAGAAAUUAUGGUUGUCUCCGCGUAUUUUUACAAUGAUAUAUAUAUAUUACAUAGAGUAUUAUUUGAUGGACACGCAGAUGAUUCAGCUGAGUGAAAAUAAUUGGCUAUAAACAGAGCAACGACCGACCUGUGUCCGUCAACCUGUGUUAAUCCUCAUAAGCCUGUAAUUUACCCCGGCAACCGUGUCCUUUAGAUUAAAACACACCAUUGCAACAUUCUUAGAGGCGGAAAUAAGCAUGUCGGUAGAACUUCCCCGGACGAGCUCUGUUAUAAAGAAGCUCUACUGCUACCACUGAUACAACUAUGAGCUUAUUUCUGUAAAGGAAUUUAUCCUACGAAAAAUGUGAAGUAUUGACGGAACUAUUUUUAACAAGUGUUGAUUAACCACGAACGUUUUAGUUUAGAAAUACUGUAAUACCCCAUCGAUAUAGUGCGUACCCGAUUUCCGAUUAGACUUGUUUAGUAAACCUAGAUUUAAUCUGUUAGCCAGUGAUUUUUAUUAGAUUCGUUUUAGGUUAUCUCGUGAAGUAUUCCACAAUUUUGAAUAUAAAUGUCAAGGACAGAAAGGGUCAGUAUUCAUGGACAAUAUUUUUAUAUUUUUCAUAAACUUGGGUUACAUGUUUUGUCAGCGACACCAAUGAUGACUAAUUGUAGAUACAUGAAAUAAACCAUUUUGUUGCGUAUUAUUUUUUAAGAAUUAUUCCCACGACGCCGCUUCCUACUAUGCCGCUUUCCGCCGGGGCAUUAGUGCCACGGCGCUGCGCGUAUUACCUAUUAUAUUCGUCAAAUGCUAAAUUGCCCGAAUUCACUGAAGAAACCAAAACCUCAGUAGGUACGGUUAUGUCGCUACGCUUAUGUUAUGAGGUUUUUGGAUUUAUCGACAUCUUCCUCUCGUAACCGCUCCGUCAUAUCCUGCAACUUCACGACCUUUCAGGAUGAAGGGUGGGAUCGGCCUGUGCCGUCGUUGACAACACAUGAAACCUUACUUAUGUAUUUGUUUAUUUAUCGUAAUAAAGGUUUUAAUUU